UCCAGGAUUUUCAUUUUAUUAAUUUUAAGCUGGUAGGUCAAAUGAUACUUGCAAUUUAAAAAAGCAAACCAAUUUUGACAGCUGUAAUGUAACCUCCAGAAAACAAUUUAUUUAUUAUGGAAAAAUUGGAAAAAGGAGACUGAUAAUUGUAAUAAAAUGGAAGAAGUUGAUACUAUUAUAUUAGAAACUUUAAAAGCUCUCAACUGUGAUUUGCCAGAAGAAAUCUCGAGUUUGAGACAGUUUGAUGAAGAUAUUGUUAUCUUAUGUGUAUCUACAUGUUUGGAAACUAUAAUUCCUUCCUCAAAAUUCCCAAAAAAGUUAUCCCCUUCAAUGGCAAUUAGACUCAAAACGGCAUCAUAUUUAGCCGAACAAAUCAAAGACAUUGGCUAUAGAGAUGAAAUUGGGUAUCAAACAUUACUUUAUUUCAAUGAAACUGAAAUAAGAAGACUUUUCAUUUUCCUAAUAGAAAAACUGCCAAAAGAUCCAGAAAGCUCUGUUCAAACUGAAGACGUAGGGUAUAUAGCAAAGUUGUUGAGGGAUAUCAAAAAAAACUUGAUACCUAAUCCUAUAUGGAUUCCCUCUUCACUUCAUUAUAAAGGAACCCAUUCAAAGGAAGGUCAUUUAGAAAUGAGAAGUUAUGGGAAUAGUUGCCCGUUGAAUAUAAAAAAAUUGACAAUACCAUCUUCUGACCAAACUUCUGAAGGAUUCCGGGAUUAUUAUGUUAAUAUUUUACCUGCAGUUACAAAACAGUGUUCACCCAAUCAACUAAUACCAUCUUUACUUUUUGAGGAUUGCAAAUUUUCAAGAGAAAACAAAGAUUUACUGCAUUAUCUCAAAAGUAUCCCAAAUCUUGGAAAUAAAUCAGAAAUAAGUUCUUCAGUUGAUAAUACUGUGGAAGAAGUGGAAUUGCAGACAGAAACUGAACUGACCUGGGAGGAUGAGUCCACAAAAGCAGUCUCUACAUUUAACGAAAACACUGUUGAAAGUUUGAAUGAAGAAUUGGAAGUGAAGCAAACAGAGCUUCUACAGCUGAAGAAAUCUGUUGAAAGUGACAUGGAUGUUCUAUCUGAGUUGAAUGAAGUUAAGCAAGUGGAAGAAAAACGAUCAGAAGAACUCAAAUAUAACUUAAACAUCAAGAAAAAGACCAUGGAAAUAGUAAGUAGUGAGGAAAAUAUACAAAAACUGAAGGAUGUGUUGGUUUCUAAAUCAAACAGUAGAUUGAUGAAAAUGAAUCAAAAAUGGAACGAGAUAAAACAAUCGCUAAUUCAAAAACAAGAUAAUCUACAGAGCAUCCUAUCAGAGAAAGAAUCUAAAUUACAAGAGAAAGAAGUUAAAUUGAAACAUAUAAUGGCAACUUAUGAAGAAAUGCGUGUGGACUUCAAGAAUAAAGUGGAGUUGGAAAAAAAACUUGUGGAGAAACAUAAAAAUGCUCCUCAAAAUAUAAAUAGGUCAACUUAUACAAAUAAUAUUAUUGAGAUAAUAGGCAAUAUAAAAAAGCAGAAUCAUGAAAUUCAAAAAAUUCUUCAAGAUACAAAGCAAGUACAAAAAGAUAUCAACACUUUGAGUGGACAAAUUGAUAGAUCUUUCACAAUUUCUGAUGAAUUGAUCUUUUUGCAUGCUAAGGAAGAUGAAACAUCGAAAAAAGCAUAUAAAUUGUUGGUUUCGCUGCAUAAUGAGUGCGGAGAAAUAGUAAAAAUUUUAUCUGAUAUAGGUUUCGUUGAGAGGGAAUGUAGAAAUCUUCAAGAACAACUUGAUAUUGAGGCCGUUAAACAAACAUCGGUUAAGUUACAGAGGGUUACUGAAGACCUUCAAAAAAUCAGAGAGGAGAAUGUUAAUCUUCAAAAACAAGUUCAAUGAUCUAGUCACCUUAAAGAUACUUCAGAUAUACGUUAUUCAAGAAAAAAAUGUUUAUCAAUUUUAUAUGAUAUUUUCAUUAAAAGCUUCAAUAUUU